CCCCCACGUACCAAGGACAAAAAUACGGCAAUGACAGCCCAGAAUUUGUUCAGCGUUAGCAUAUUCUUCAUUGUCUUCAGAGAAACUCUUGAAGCCGUCGUCAUCGUAUCCGUACUCCUUGGCCUCGUCGAGCAGAUUGUCCAUGGCGAUAUAGACCACUUCCCGACACUUACGGAGCACUAUCGGCCCGUUUCAGCUCACCACAACGACAGUGAAACAACUACGCCAGGAGAAGGAGAAUCAGACGCCACCCUCAAGAGACGCUUGAUCCGCAAACUUAGAAUGCAGGUUUUUGCCGGUGCAGGUGUAGGCUUGUUCGUCUCGUUCGCCUUAGGUGCUGCAUUCAUUGCAGUCUGGUUCACCAAAGCGUCCAAUCUCUGGUCUAAGGCAGAAAACCUCUGGGAAGGUAUCUUCGAACUUAUUGCAUCCUUGAUGAUUUUUGUCAUGGGCGUUACCAUGCUCAAGUUGGACAGGGCCAAAGCAAAAUGGCGCGUAAAGCUCCAGCACGCGUUUAGUGAUCAUCGUGUCGACCGUAGGACAAGGACUGGGAAGUGGGUACUCUUCAUCCUUCCAAUGAUUACUGUCUUGCGUGAAGGAAUUGAAGCUGUCGUCUUCGUUGGCGGUGUCGCGCUCGGACAGCCCGCAAAAUCAAUUCCCAUUGCAGCAAUCGUGGGCCUUAUUUGUGGACUUGUUUGUGGUUUCUUCAUUUACCAGUUCGCUAGCCGCUCAACUCUAACGAUUUUCCUUAUCGUUAUGACGAAUUUGAUCCUCCUCAUCGGCGCUGGCCUAUUUAGUAAAGCUAUCUGGUCUUUCCAAGAGAAUGCCUUCAACAAUCUGCUUGGCGUAGAUGUCGACGACGCAGGCGGUGAUGGACCUGGAUCAUACGACGUACGCGGGAAUGUAUGGCAUCUUGACUGCUGUAAUCCUGAGACCGAUAUGCCAUGGGGCAUAUUCAACGCUGUACUGGGAUGGACAAAUAGCGCCACUCAGGGUAGCGUGCUGAGUUACGUGUUCUAUUGGGUCAUGGUAAUCGUAGUGCUCGUGUAUAUGAAGUUCAAAGAAGGUCGUACCAAGCUUUUCGGGUGGGAGUCUGCGGCAGGCACGCGCAGGCGACUCGCUGGCGAAAAACAGGCAGAGGAAGCUGUCGAUGAAAGAGUCUCCCAUAGCUCUCCUAUGAGCUCCACCCAAAGUCCACCCCAGUGACACCGACAUUUUCCAAAGUUCUGCCGCUCGGCUCGCCAUUAUUCAUGCAUGAACUGGCAGGCACUGAGCAAGUUCUGCCCGUACCCUGUUAUCACUCGGACCUCCCUCAGUUCCUUCAGUCCCCGAGCAAAUGAGGUACCGACACCCUCACAUCAUUAACACCGAAAAGACCCCAGAUUCUCCUCAACAUUCGCGCCGUCCGCGUGAUCAUUCAGGUUUCGUCGUUCUUCCCCCGUUUCUCAUUACCUCUUUACCAUGUUAACUUGUGUCUUGCUCGGUUUUCUUUUGUCAUUGUCUUCCCUUCGUUAAUAUCUCUCCUUCGUCACUGUUUUCAUUAUCACUCUUGCUGCUGAUGUGACAGUGAUGUCGUGUUACAAUGUAUUCAUUUAGCACAUUAAUGAAUACAUUCAAUUGCCAAUUUAAAAA